AUGCCACCACUCACCCCACACUGGCAACAGCCCUCGCACUCCGACGUCCAAAAGGUGCUUUAUGCCGCCGAGAAAGAUUCGUUCACUACGAAAUCCAUUUCCACAGUCGACCUCCCACCGAACGCCGUCUUUGCCAAGCUUGCCUUCCCACCGUGUACGCUUGCAGAGAAGGCAACAUAUGCUACAGUGCAGAUUGGACGGGACCAGCAUAUGAAUCUGAAUAGUGACUUGGUGUAUAUCAAUCAUGGUUGCGUGCCCAGUGUCAUCUUCGAUACCUCAUCCCUCAAUGUCAUCGUUGGCCCAAAGGGCCUCAAAGCAGGCGAUGAAUUGACAUUCUUCUACCCAAGCACGGAGUGGGACAUGGCGCAGGGAUUUGAUUGUUUCUGUGGCGCGGACACAUGUCGCGGAUUUAUCGCCGGAGCGAAAAAUAUGAAAAAGGAGCAGCUGGAAGGAUUAUGGCUGAAUGAUCAUAUAAAGAGAUUGCUUGAAGAAAAGAAGGCGCAGGCGCAGGGAAAGAAUGGCCAGAACCUCGGGAAUGGGACUACAACGAAUGGAAAGGUGGUACGGGAUGAGGAUGCUGAGGAUCUGGUCGCGCAGGUUCUUCGACAAUCCCUUCGCCAGGCAGAGCUCGCGUUGCAAGCUGCUCAAAAGGGGUUGGAUACGUACUUGUCCCACCGGGCUACUUCUAGUAAUGGAGUCGCCAAAGGAAAUGGAGUGGUUGCUACCCAAGCAAGCGCCGAGACUCUUGGUCGACGAGGAGGAGAACAGAGAAGAGGCGUCACGAAUAGAGAAUUGAGCGGCGAGAUGGGCGGCGAUACGAAGGUCGCCAUCUGA